UAUGACGUCAUAUUAAGGCGACAGAAGGAGGGCGGUUUGAAAGCAAAGAGGCAACUUCUGUCAACAUGCUUAACAAUUAAACCCAAUUACACAACAAGACGGCUGUUUUUGACUUUUCUUCCCGCUAAAUGUUGUCUCAGCGAACCACACGAGUUGAUUCAUUCUUCGCUGAAGUUUAACACGACCUGUCAAGAUGGCGAGUGUGCAUGAGAGCUUGUAUUUCAACCCCAUGAUGACGAACGGAGUGGUCCAUGCAAACGUGUUCGGCAUCAAAGACUGGGUCACCCCGUACAAGAUCUCCGUCCUGGCGCUGCUGUACGACAUGACCACGUCCAAGAUCACACUGCCAGAGAGGAGACGACUCAACAAGCUCAUCCUGCCCCUGCAGCAGGGUCCAGACCUGACUCUUGGCCAGUUCCUGAAGACUGUGGAGGAAUGUUGCCCUCAGACUGCAUAUGCUGUCAAACUCAGGCUGCAUGAAAUGGCAGACGGAGAGCUCAAAGACAUGGAGUACUUCUUUUCCACUCUUCCCACUCCAUUCACUUCUUUUGAUACUGAGGCUUAUAAAACCAGUGUUGUGGGCCUUUUUAUGAGACACAUGCUUCUGGCCUACAACAAGCUGUCUUUCAGUCAGGUCUACAAGUUGUACAAGUCCCUGCAGCACUACUACCACAGCCACUACGCCAAGCCUACCGACGGGCAGGUGGGUUUGCCAGCGCUGGUUGCUGACGACUCCGACAUGGACCUCACCAGCACCGAGGAUACUGUGGGGGACAGAAUAGACAGAGAUGAUUUGGACAGCCCACUGCAUGAGUCAGAGCUUCGAAAUGACAAUACUCCAAGCAGAGGUCCCCUGUCACAAAAACAAGCAGAGUACUUUCUUGCAAGACAGGCAUAUCUUCUCAAGAACGAUGAGAACAAAGCUCUAAAGCCUGCUGCACUGCAGGAAGAGCUCAACAACAUGCUGAAAUUUAACCCAGAUUUUGCUGAGGCGCAUUAUCUAAACUACCUGAACAACAUGAGAGUCCAGGACAUCUUCCUCUCAGCCCACAGUCUCUUACAUUAUUUUGACCGUCUCAUCUUGUCUGGAAAUGAGGGAAAGAGCAACGGGGAUGAGGGCUACGGCCGAAGUCUCCGCUACGCUGCUCUCAACCUGGCAAGCCUGCACUGUCGCUUCGGCCACUAUCAGCAGGCUGAUCUGGCUCUACAGGAGGCUAUCCGCAUUGCCCAGGAGUCCAAUGAUCAUGUGUGCUUGCAGCACUGUCUGAGUUGGCUCUACACGCUGGAGCAGAUGAAGGGAUCCGACAGCACUGUGUUAACUGAGGAUUCAGUGAAAAUGGCCGCCCAUUUCUGCCUGCCAUACCUGGCGUCUCUGGGCAUUCAGUCUUUGGUCCAGCAGGGGGCAACACAAGGUAAGACAGCCCACAAACUGAUGGAUGCGCUGAAGGACACGGACAUCCUGCACUGGAAGCACAGUCUGUCGGAGCUGAUCGAGAUCAGCCUGGCUCAGACGACAUCCAUAUGGAGGAUGUACGGCAAGAGCACCAUGGCUCUGCAGCAAGCCCAGCUGCUUCUCAACAUGAGCAGCCUGGAGCCAGUCAACUUCGGGGUCCAGCAGAACAACACAGAGGCGUUCGCUGUGGCUCUGUGCCACCUGGCCGAGCUGCACGCUGAGCAGGGCCUCUACUUUGCAGUCACAGAGAUUCUCCAGCAUCUGAAAGAACAAUUUCCUCCUCACUCACAGCAUGCAAAGCUCUGGAUGCUGUGUGAUCUGAAAAUCCAGUUUGAAAGACACAUGAACGAAGGGAAAUACCAUUUGGCAGAGCAACUGGUGACAGCCAUCUCUGCCUUGAACAAAACAGAAGGUCUCUACAGGAAAGCUCAUGUUCUGAAGGCUCUCAACCGGAGCACUGAGGCGUACAACAUCUUACAGCGGCUGCAGGUGCACUGUGAGAAGACUAAAUGUACGGAGGUGGUCAUCAGAGUUAUGCUUUCCACCGCUGAGCUCCACUGGGAGUCGUCUGGCUUCUCCACAGCUCUUCCUCUCCUCCUGCAGGCCUUGGCUCUGGCUAGACAGCACCACCUGCAGUCCCUGGCCUCGGAGACCAUCCUCCACCUGGCCUUCACUCAGCUGAUGUUGGGGGUUCCUGAGCACGCUCUGAGUGUUCUGCAUGAAGCCAUUGAGCCUGUUCUGGCCCACGGAUCCGUCAUGGACAAGGGCCGAGCCUUGCUGCUAACGGCCCGCUGUCAGAUGGCAGUUGCUGGGUUCAAGCCAAACGGACAAGGGCAAGCAGAUUCGCAUUUGGCCAUUAUGGCUGUUGACACGCUUAAUGAGGCAGCAGGCUAUUUCUCCAAGCUGAACUGUAAGGAGCGUCUCCGGGACGUCCACUACCUGCAGGCUCAGCUCCACCGCUCUCUGGGACAAACCUCGCAGUGCAACAAAAGUGCCAUGCUCUUCCGACUGCUGGACCAGGAGCUGCAAUCACCGGCACCACCGGUCUCCAUGAGACUGUAACUACUCCUGUCAAACAACAAACUAGAGCCAUCUUGGCUUCUGAAAAGGACACCUCUUUUAACUGCUGAGUUGAGUCACGGCGGCGUACCACUAGAUGGUGAUGAAGAUCUGUCCUGGUCUGUCGGCACUAAAGCAUUUAAUUUGUAAAUAUUUAAGAAAUUUGGAACGCUAGCCAGGCGAGAAUGUCAGUAGUCGUAAACAAGGCUGUGUAACAGGUAGACCAAGAAAAGAUUAUUUGUCCCUUCACUCUUAAUCGGGUACAGAUUCAAAUGGUAGCCUGAUGAUGAACGUAACAUGUUUUUCAAUACUUCAACCACAGCAACAGUCCAUGUUUUGUCUGAGAGACAUAACAUUCCUUCCGACGGUGCGAUGGAAAUGUCAAAAGUUUAUCAGGAGCUGUCACAGCCGUGCUGUUUUACCCUCGGCUUCUUGAUGAAUGAGGGUGAUAUCACAGUAAGCUACAAGAUGAAUGUGUUUCAGUGGCCUGGGUGAUUCAUAUUGCGCCAGAAGAAUACAGCUGAAUCUGGAGGAGGAAAUCAUGCUCACAUUUAUAAUGUAAUAGACCCCGUGAUGACAUAAUAACGGAUACUGUAUCUGUAUCCCACUUGCGUCUGACACUGUUCGUGAGAACAAUUUUUGGCUGAUAACAUGACCCCGUGAUGACAUAAUAACGGAUACUGUAUCUGUAUCCCACUUGCGUCUGACACUGUUCGUGAGAACAAUUUUUGGCUGAUAACAUUACACUUGGGUGUCUUGACAGGCAUGUAUUCCAUUACUCGCUGCACAUCUUUCAAGAAAAUAAACAACUUGUUUGCUUUAUUCA